CUCACUUGUAUGUCUCGUGCACCAGACAUCAACAUUUUUAAGUCUACCGAGCCCCGAGAUGAGCUUUUCGUUUGCAUCUUGGAUAGUAUCCCAUUUGUACGGUUGGACGAGUUAGUUGGAAGGAAGCUCAUUCCACCCUCCUUAUUUAGUUUCUCCUUAUAUUUACAUGUAUGGUCCCUGAUGGACACUUGGUGUUUUAAUAUCGCAUCCAGGAAGUCUCUGCUGGUGACCCCAGAUAGGGGGGUCCGGGGGCUGCCCACCUGGUACAAGACGCCAACUCAUGCUUUAGUUCAACUAGACGCCCACAAGUGUAUACUGGAUCUGGGAGCACAGAUUCAUAAGAAAUACAUGAACGAGACUGUGAACGAAAUUAGGCAGGCUGUGGAGGAAGUGCGAGCAACAAUGUUAUAUUGGGCCAAAAAGGAGAAAGAAGAGGCAGUGAAAGCAGCUUUGGUUGAGGCUGAAAACAAAAAGAAAGCAGCAAUUGAAGUAUUAAAGAAGACACACAUGGUUGAAAUGAAUAAAGCAAUACGAAAAACAGUGGCUAAAAUGCAAUGGCAACAAGAGCAGAUGGUGAGCAAGGAACAUGAAGUUGGAAAACAACGAUUAGCGCAUGAAAUCCAGCUGAUGCUUCAUAAGUGUGAAAUUGAAAAAGAAAAGGCUGUAGCUGAAGCCAUAGAAAAAGAAAAGCAACUUGCAUCCCAUACUCUUGAUCAAGUGAUAACAAAGCUAAAAACCGAUGCUGAAACACAAAGUCAAUCCAUUCUACAAGAAACUUUGGAGAUCCAAAAAGCAGAAUAUGAAGAGAAGAUCAUGAUGGAAGUUGCUAAAGCUCGUGUUGAAGAACAGGCACAAGCUAUGGAACCCAUCCUCAUCCUACAAAGUAGACAUCAGUCUGAAAUUGACAUGUUGAAAAGACUACUGUGUGAGAAAGAGGUUGACCUCAAAGACGUUUACAAUAAAGUGGAAACCAUGACCAUCUUGGAAUUAGAGCUAGAGACUGAGCUACGAAACACAAGGUCAGCUUUUCAAGAGUACAUUAAUCUUACCUACCCAAAUUUAGCUCCUGGGCAGGCAGACUUCAUUCUUCCACCUCGACAAAUGUGCAAAGAUUCUCUUACAACCAACAAACCCCAAAAUGCUCAAAAACGUCCCCAAGAGAAAUAAAGAGUUAAAAAAAGGAGUGUUUCCACUUUUGUUAAACUCGAAACAAAAUCAUUCAGUAAUUAUAACGUACUAAACUUGUCAGCGCCCUGCAGUUUUUUUAGUAAUCCACUGCAUCACAAAUAUUAACAAUAACAAAUAUUAUCAAAAUUUCCAUAAAAUAUAAAAUUAUUAUUUCAACUAAAUAGUAGAAUAGAUGCCCCAGUGUCCUGAGAUUUGGUAUAAGAAAGAAAUCUGAACAUCAACAACCUUUCAAAAACCUGAACCAGUUAAAAUUUCUUGAAGGGAGAUGAUACUAUAGUGGCAACGUUAUUGAACUGGUAAAGCAGAAGCCAGGCUAAUCUCCUGGAAACAGGAAUUUAAGUCCCACUAUGGUGGGCAGCAAGGUUUAAAAUAAAUUGAUAAAAACUAGAUUUGAAAGUUAUUUUCAAUAAUGGCAUCAUGAAGCUGUCAGUUGUUGUAAACUACAACCAAUCUAGCCAACGAAUGUCUGUGCGAGACGUAGAUCUACUCUCCUUAUACAGUUUGACCUAUGUGUGACUUCAGACCGACUUGACUGUUAAUGGCCCCAUGAAAUGACUGAAAAAGCCCACUACAUUCAACAGCAAGAAGAGAUGAACAACAGAUGCUGGCCUUGCCAGAGAUACUCAAAUACCAUUAAAAAUAUUUUAAAAUGUGGAAAUUCAUUUUUAGUCAUUGAAUAUUUGUAUUUGACAGAUGACACCAGAAAAAUUGAAUUGAUGAAGGGGUAGUUGAUUCAGAUGGAAGAAAUUCAAAUAUGCACACAGAACAUAAUUAUUGAACUACCCUGAUUUUGUGAUUGAAUUUGCUACUAUUAAUCCAGUUCCCGUACAUUUACUGAAAGAGAGUUAUGUUAUAGUUGCAUACCAGAACUUCAAGAGAAUCAGUGGAUGGAGGUGAGUGUACUAGCCAUCACUGAGGAGAAGGUGUUGGGAAAGCUGAAAGUUCUGAAGGUGGAUUAAUCGCCCAUAUCAGAUGGACUACAGCCCAUGGUUCUGAAGGAGAUCGCUGAGAAGAUUGUAGAGGAAUUAGUGGUGAUAUUUUAGGAAUCACUGGAGUUAGGGAGAAUCACAUGGGACUGGAAAAUGGUUAAUAUAACAUCCCUGUUUAAGAAGGAAGGGAGGCAACAGAUACUAUAGGCUGGCUAGGCUGUUGGCAAGAUUUUAAAGUCUGUCGUUAAGGCUUGUGGAGUGCUUGGGGUGCAUGGUUAAAUAGGAUCGAGUCAGCACGGCUUCAUCAAAGGAAGGUCACACCUGACAAAUCUGGUAGAAUUCUUUGAGGAGGUAACAAGCAAGUUACACAAAGGAGAGCCAGUGGAUGUGAUCUAUUUGGAUUUCCAGAAGGCCUUUGACAAGGUGCCACAUAGGAGGAUGAUAAAUAAGAUGACAGUCCAUAGUGUUAGGAAUAAAGUACUGCCUUGGAAAGAGACUUAUCUGCUAAUGAUCUUGAUGAAGGCCUGCAGACAUUGUUGCUAAACUUGCAGAUGGUACAAAGGCAGGUGGAGGAAUAGGUAGUGGGGAAGCGGGGAGGCUGGAGAAAGACUCGGAGGAUAGGAGACUGGGCAAUACAAUGGAAUACAAUUUGGGAAAGUGUGAGAUUACACAAUUUGAAAGGAAAAACAGAGGCAUAAACUAUUUUCUAAAUUGGGAAAUACUUCAGAAAUCUGAAGCAAAAAGGCAUUGAGGGAUCCUAAGGUUAACAUGUAGGUUCAGUUGGCAUUUCGGAACAGAAACGCAAUGUUAAUAUUAAUUUCAAGAGGGCUGGCAUACCAAAACAGAAAUAGACUGCUGAGGCUGCAUAAGGAGUUGGUCAGACUGCAUUUGGAACAUUGUGAGCAGUUCUGGGCCAUGUAUCUGAGGAUGGAUGUGCUGACUACAGAAAGUCCAGAGGAGGUUUACAAGAAUGAUUUCAGAGGUAAAGGGCUUGUCAUAUAAAGAUGGUUGAGGCCUUUGGGUCCGUACUUAAUAGAGUUUGGAAGAAUAAGGGGAUAUCCGAUUGAAACUUAGACAACACUGAGAGGUCUAGAUAUGGAGAAUUUGUUUCCAUUAGUAGGAGAGAUGAGGACCUGAGGGCACAUCCUCAGAGUGAAGGUAAGACCCUUUAGAACUGAGAUUAGGAGGGAUUUCUUCAGCCAGAGGGUGGUUAAUCUGUGGAAUUCAUUGCCACAGAAGACUGAAUGGAUUUAAGACAGAGAUAGGUUCUUGAUUAGUAAGGGGAUCAAAGGUUACACGAAGAAGGCAGGAGAAUGGGGUUGAGAAAUAUAUCAGCCAUGAUUGAAUGGCAGGGCAGACUCAAUGGGCUGAAUGACCGAACUCUGCUCCUGUAAUUUAUGAUUUUGUAGGUAAACUAGUUACUUAUAUUUGAUUUUGAACAGUUGAGACUCCUUCUUAUCAAGAGAUACAAAAAGUGUCCAUUCAGGAACCCAUAUUUUGAUGUACUAAAGUCCUUACAUUAGAUAAUAGGUUUGUAAAGUGCAACUUAUGACAGAACUUUUCAUCUUAACAAAAGCAGAAAUUAUUGGAAACACACAGACCUGAUGAUGUAUUUGCUGGGAGAAAAUGUUAACAUUUCCAUUGUGUGACUUUUCACUAUUUAAAUAACUGUAGGAAAAAAAUGUAUAACCGUGGUCACAAAAGGCAGAAUAUUUUCAAACCAGGAACGUACCAUAGCCAUUUCACAAUGUUUGGUAAUGUGGUACUGUGUAGAUGUUCAUCUUCACAGUCUGUGAAGCACAGAAAAUGUGGUAGCGAGGUUGUAACAUAAAAUAGCUGAUUUUCAUCUUCCUGAAAGUAGAAAAGAUCCAGAGAUGUUCAUUUCUGACUUUCACGCUGGCAUUAAAAAUGUAAGUAUAAAACCUAGAUUUUGCGUAAAUAUACUGUGCAUUACUGUAAAAGAAGCUCUAUCCUGACCAUGCC